AUGGCAUUCUUCCUUCCCCAGACCUUCUACCACAUCCAGGCUCCCCAGAACCCACUCUAUCAUCUCCUUCGGGAGCUUGAUCAGUCCAUUCAGCAGCCCCAGCGAAAGCGCCAGUGCCAGCCUCAACAGAAUACCCGCGCUCAGGCUUCCUGCCCUGCUUUUCGGGUGAACUCCCGCCCAUGGGAGCCCCGCUUCGAGGCCCACGAGACUGAGGACUCCUUCGUUCUUUAUGGCGAGCUCCCCGGCAUGAACAAGGAGCACGUCACUGUCGAGUUCCCUGAGCCUCGCAAGCUUGUCGUUAGUGGCAAGGUUGAGCGUUUCACAGAGGAGCCCAAGGCGGCUGAAACAACCACCGAGCAGACUACUCCCGCCCCAGUCACCGAUUCAGAUAACGAAGACACCCGAAGCAGAAGCUCUUACCAGGCCACUGUCGAGGAUGAUGUCGAUGACGACGAGUUUGAGGUCUUGAGUCACGCAUCAGAGAAGUCUAAGACUGUCGGCCAGCCGGAGCCUGAGACUCUCAGCGAGAAGGCACAGGAGAAGCAGCCCGAGAAGCCUGAAGAGCCAAGACGCUCUGGCUAUAGCAAGGAGUUCUCGCGCUAUUUCACUUUCCCCACCUAUAUCAACCACGACGCGGUCACUGCCGACCUUAAGGAUGGUCUUUUGACAAUAGUUAUUCCCAAGGCUACUCCCAAGCCCCAGCGCAUCAUCAUCAAUUAA